UCAUGACACCAGCUCGAGCGGACAGAUACAGAAACGCACUUUAUGAAUUCUGUGUUCUGGAUUAUUCAUAGUUCCCUUCACUUUAGGAGUAAGCGGAAUCAUUGAGCAAAAUGGUAUUGAUUCACAUUUCAAAUAAAAUAUUAACAGCUACUCUACCAGUCAAAAGUUUUCGAAUAGUAAGCUUUGUAAUGUUUUUAAAGAAGUCUCUUCUGCUCAGCAAGCCUGCUUUUUGAGUUAAAAUCUUGAGAAUAAAAAUGUAAUUAUUUAUUAUUUUGUUGAAAACAGCUGAGCAGAAUUUUUUUAGGUUUCUUUGAUGAAUAGAAAAUUCAUAAGAACAGCAUUUAUCUGAAAUAGAAAUCUUUUGUAGCAUAGUAAAUGUUCUUAUCUGUUAAAUAAAAGUUUCAUGUCAUUCCAGACAGACUGAUGAUGAUCAGAUCAGAUCUCUGUGUGCAGCACAAAAAGGCCCUUAAUGGGUUAACUCCUGCGUACCUAACUAGUCUUCUACCACGCUACGAUCCAUCACGCUUGAACACAUCAUUCUUGCUUUGGUUGGAUCAGCAGCUACGCUAAUUUUUCUCUAUUUCCGGGAUUUACAUCCCGUGGUAACUAGGAUUUACACAAGCUCCAGUCUGGAUCCAGAACACCUGAGAAGAGAUGAUGCCAACCCCUCAGAGGACCUCAGAUGAUGCUAACCCAGAGACAACAUACAGAACUACCACAUUUCGAUAUAAGUUUGAUUGCAUCAUAUAAUAAUUGCUGUUAAUAGUGUUCACCGUCUGUGUGAUUACGUCACUGACUGCAUGAAGUUUACAGUAUUUCUGACAUCAUGGACAUCAAGUUGAUACAGUCACCACUGAUAAGCUACUUCUAAAUAUAAUAGAAACUUUAAUUUUCUGUAAAGCUGCUUUACAACGAUUUGUAUUGUGAAAAGCACUGUACAAAUAAGCGUGAAUUGAAUUAUUACAAUUAAUGGCAAAAUGAAUGUUUGGAAAUGUAAACUGAUAUUUCCUACUGACACACUACAGCGAAAGAUAGAAAUAACUGACUUUAAACCAUUUUUUAGCUGCUUGAAAUACUAGUGUUUAAUCAUUUUGGCCAGCACUGUAUCUUCUGGUGGUGUGCUUCAUUUGUAGUAUGUGUUGCAUAAAAGCAAUAAAACUCCUUAAAUCAUGAGAGUACAGUCAUGCAUUCUUUUCUCUUUUAUUAAUGAGGCAAUUCCAGUUUUCUAUGGUAAAUGUCUAAUUGUUUUUGAGUUUAAAAGAACUAUCCACACUAGCAUCUGAUGCUUGAUUUGUAUCCCGGGAACUUUUCAGUGUUAGAACGCUGCAGACAUGAUGAACUGAACAGAGUGAUAUUAAUAAUAAUAUUAUGCAUCAGAACAGUAGCUCUGGGUUCUGCUGAUGUGGAAGUAUGCUUAUGUCUUCUAACGAAAUGUUUCCGUGUCAUCAAAACUUGCAAAACAAACUCCAGUGCCUCUGAGAGCUAGCCAUGCUCAGUUUUCUAGAUGAAUGCAUUAUUUAGUUAAACAAACAACUGGUAAAUAUAAUACAAAAACAAUGCAAAGUCGCUUUGGAUAUAAGUGCAGGUUAAAUCUAUUGAAUGCAUGAUGUGUUAGGAUCAGUCAGUGAUUGAGGAGGGAAUCCUCGAACAAUCCCAUCGAUUAAAAUGUUGUACGUUUCUGUCUACAAGCUUAAAUUGUGUUUAAAAGACAAUAUGAAUGAAAUCUGAAUGAGUGAAAUUAACUUUUAAUGAAACAGACACACUGAAAAAGACAGUGUCUGUAUAAACAGAAGGAUUCACUCUGAAUUUGGAGCUGUAGUGGAAACUGAAGUUUUGGAGUCAGCUGAAAAUGAAAGAGUGUUUUUGUACAUGAUGAAAUAUUUAUGACAGUCGAGGGCUGUUCUGUGGUAAAGCUUGUCUUCAGCAGAGAGCCAGAAAUGUGUGUAUUUGCAAGAUGUUACAGUAGAUUUACUCAUUUGUUCCUUGCAUCACCUGUUUACACGAAGCUGUGCUCGCAGCCUGCAGUUACAUCACAAAACUUUGAUUUCUUUUCUUCAGCCAAUAAAAGACCAGUUCUAUUUGUUGACCCAAAAGAACUGCCACAAUUGGUUGUGUCCAAACGUCCCACCUCUGUGUCCCGCGGGAGAGACACUAAACUAAGGACACGUCUAAGUUGUGUGAUGGUCAGACAGACUUUGAGGAUCGAAGCAGGACACCUCUGUAUUGAGCGAGCAGUGGCUCAUUUCAUCAUCAUGUCAAACACCUCAGCUCUGAGCCUGAACUCCAGCAUCUCUGGGUGGCGCCGUCCGCUCUGGUACCAGUAUGAAGUGUGUGCAGACGCUCCUCAUUGGUUCAUCUUCUACUUUGGAGUCAAAGUAUUGAACCUGGUUGCAGGAUUCCCAAUGAAUGCCCUCGUUUUGUGGCAGAUUCUGAGGAAGAAGAGUGAAGGCUCGACGUCAGACAUCUUCAUUUUUAACCUUUCCAUCCUGGACGCUUAUUUUGGUCUCAUGACGCCGGUGGACAUGGCCAACCGUCUGUACUUCAACGAUCCGUCCGUCUGGUACUCCCAGCGUUUCGCCUACGGACUUAAAGACGUGACUCCGUUGUUUCUCACCUGUAUAUGUCUGGACAGGUACGUCGCUGUGGUCCAUCCCAUCCUCUUCACGGGGAUCCGUGACACUCGCAUCCGGAUCGGCAUCUCGCUGCUGGUGUGGGGACUCAUCCUGGCCUACUCACUGACCAAAUGCAUCUUAGGCAUCCUGAGCGUGAACGAGGUCUUCAGCGGAGUCAUCCUCUCGGCCUUCUUCAUCAUGGUAUUCUGCAACCUCUCCAUCAUCUGGGUCCUCAGGAAGAGCGUCGCAGGGAAAGAAGUCAUGAACCCGGUGAAGAAGAAGGCCUUUAAAAUGGUGCUUAUCGUCCUCGCCAUCAUCGUUGGGAACUAUCUGCCUCCCGUGGCUCUGUUGCCGUUUGCAUCCACCUUCUCGUUCAAGAAGCUGCACUGUAAGGUUCUUCUUGGCGUCUUCUCCAUCAUGGACCUGAGCUGCACCAUCGAGCCUCUGCUCUACAUCUCUAAGAUGGAUCGGUCCAAGUUCUGUCAAUGCCUGCAGAGUCCUUCCAAGAAACCCAUCACCGUGAGGGUCUGAAAUGAAAAACUGUCUGAUUUUAUGUGAUUGUAUACUUUUGAAUUGUUAUUGUAUCUUUCUAAUCCAGUGGUUCUCAACUGGCGUCUGUUGUGAUUGGUCACUAAAAGAGGGAAAAACCCAAAGUUAAGUGUAAAAAGUAAACAAAACUAAUCAUUUGACAUUAAAAUAGACUCAUCAACCAAAUAAAGAAAAGAGAAAAGACCUUCCAUAUGCAUAGCUACUGAUGUCAAAGGUUGUGUGUCCAUCAAAUUCUACAGUAGCUUGGCACAAAUUCAUCCUACCACAGUAAGAUUUCUCUUUAUGGAGUAAAGUCUAAUUAGACAUAUGGAUCAGCUUGGACAGGGUGUGUGACGCUCUCAUCCUCAAACCAUGAACAAAACUACACACUCCAAGAUACAUAACAUUCUCUCACUCUGUGCGUUUAGUGAACUGUCUGCUGCAUAGAAACACUUCAAUCUGGUUAGUCCUGUACAUAAUUUUUCAUCUUGCUGAGCCUUUGCAGGGUCUACUUAUUCCAACAUUGAUACAUUUCAAUGUUUAAUAUGUCAAAUGUAGCACUGUGUUGCAUGAUGCUUGGUUUACUGCUCUUUUUUGAAAUGCUGAUUCGAUCAAAACCAGUAGAGAAGCACUGAUUUAACGAAGCAUGUUGACUUUCUGAAACUGUGCUGGUUGUUGUGUUUUCUGUGUGUGGUGUUCCCCAGACGUCUCCUGUUUGCCUGUUUCUCCGCUGCUCGUUUAACUCCUCGAGACUCUCUUCUGAUUGAUCUUCAGACUCUGGGAAGAUCAGGCUACAGCGAACAAAUCUGAACUUCACUUUCUUCUCCUCACUGUUGUGUUUGUGUCAGAUAACCUGAUUCUUUUACUUCUCACAGAAUAGAUACCAGCUUUCCAGAUGCAUAAUUAAGAACACUAACGAGUCACUAAUUAAGACGUUAAUUAAAAUGCCUGGGGAUUAAUUAAGAACGGACUGAAGUGACGCAGAUGGUACGAGCUUGUAAUUGUGUAACUAGAUGAUGGUAUGAGAUUAAUUAACAUGAAAAACAUUUACAGUAGAUGCUCAGGUGAGCUUGUGUUGUCAUUGACCUCGGACUGCUAGAGAUGGUUUAAUAACCCGAGCAUAAUAGACAAGAAAUAUGAACAGUUGCUGUAUUUUUGAUGCAUAAAGGAACUCCAAAAAUGAUAUACUUACUUGUCUGUGUUCACUUAUUCUUCCAUUCUGAAUUGCCACAUGUGAACAACCUCAGAAAUGUCAAAAUAACAGAAGAG